ACAGACUCCUGGCGGCGCCGCCCUGAGCGCGGGCCGCACGUAGCCGCCCCAGAGUGCGAGCAGAGCUGGGACACAUCGCGGGGCACCAACUUCUCCCCACUGGGACUCUUAACUGCCGUUGCGGGAGAUCGACCGCGUCCCACGGAGAACCCCUGAUCGCCCCUGCCCGGACCCCACUCUGCCCAGGCGGACCCCAGGCGGGGGGCCGAGGGCGCCCCCGGCGGCAGGGGCAUGCGCCGCCCGCGGCAUGGCCUCGGCGGUGUUUGAGGGCACAUCUCUCGUGAACAUGUUCGUGCGCGGCUGCUGGGUGAACGGGAUCCGCAGGCUCAUCGUCAGCCGGCGUGGCGAUGAGGAGGAGUUCUUCGAGAUCCGCACCGAGUGGUCGGACCGCAGCGUGCUCUACCUGCACCGCAGCUUCGCGGACCUGGGCCGCCUGUGCAAGCGCCUCCGCGACGCCUUCCCCGAGGACCGGUCUGAGCUGGCGCGCGCGCCGCUGCGGCAAGGACUGCUCGCCAUCAAGGGUGCACACGACAUAGAGACCAGGCUCAACGAGGUGGAGAAACUGCUGGAGACAGUCAUCAGCAUGCCCUGCAAGUAUUCUAGGUCUGAGGUUGUGCUCACCUUCUUUGAAAGAUCGCCUCUGGAUCAGGUGUUAAGAAAUGAUAAUGUCCACAAGAUCCAACCCAGCUUUCAAAGUCCCGUUAAAAUAUCAGAGGCUAAAGAAGGCACUGGAGCUCUCAGCACUGGAGUUGUAGACGGUUGUGAGCCAUCAGAAAUCAUGAGGUCCAAUGGAUUUUGUUUGGCAAACACAGAAACAAUAGUCAUUGACCACAGCAUACCCAACGGGAAGGACCAGCUUCUGGAUGCGGAUUCCACAGAGCAUUUGUUUGAAAAUGGUGGCGAGUUCACCGCAGAGCUGGAAGAUGGUGAUGACCCAGCAGCUUACGUCACCAACUUGUCCUAUUACCAUCUGGUUCCAUUUGAGACGGACAUUUUGGACUGAGCCCUCUCUGUCAGGCCUUCACUGCCUCCAUCCUUGACUGCGUGUCUUCAUGCUGUCUACCAGGCUCUCCCAAGGGAGGCCCCAAAGUUACUGCUCAGCCUGGGCCUCCUAGGGUCCUGGGGCUCAGCAGGCCUGAGUGUCUAGAAAAUGGAUGACCGCAGGCAGCUCUGAGGGGCCUUCCGCCUGCAGUCAGCCUGCCAGCCUGCCUCUUCUGGGAUGCCGGGCUGGACCAUGCUUCUUCUUGUCUUACUGUCGACUUGGGGAGCAUUCUUCUUGGUUGCAUGGCCCUGACUCCCCACUUUUCUCUUGUGUGUCAAAGGCACAAAGCAUUUCAAGAGGAGUUUUUGAUAAGUUACCAAGUUCUGGACCUCGUGGGCAGGGGAUAUUAAGUGACUCAGGACUUCCCUAAGGAGGAUUGUGGCUUUUUUUUUCUUUAUAUCUGCUACCUGGAAACUGGGUUUGGGGUGAGCUGGAAGGAGCAUUUACAUGACAUCAAGCCUGGAGAAGACUGCUGGCUUCAGGGAAGGGAAAGCAUUCACAGUCUUGUGUGUAUGAACCUGGUUGUAAAGUGUUCUUCCAGAGAAGAGAGCAUCGUCCUCACUGCCAGCACCUGUCAGCUCUUCUACCAGGCAGUGACACAGCAGUCACCACAGCCUAGGGUGCUCGAAGUCCCUCCCCUGGUAUGAGUACCAGGAUGAAUCAGAAAGGAAGGGAUGGGGAGGAAGCUUACAGCUUACAGCUUGGACCACAAAAGGUCUGAGUCCUGCAAGCUCAUGUCCUCACUGUGUCUACUAAUGACCAGCACUUGCUAAUGUAAAUAAUAGUAAAUUAUUGAAAAUUCUAAUUCUUUUACACAGUCUGUUUUUAAUCUAUUUUAAUUAAAUAAAAUCUAUUGUUCUACUUUGA